AUGAGGAAGAAUAUUCGUGCUCAGACUUCUGUCAUCAAGAAAGAUUUUGGCCUUACGACGAUAGCGGGGGAACUAAUGGAGAAUGUAAAGAAGAACCGUUACAGAGACAUUUUACCAUAUGACCAGACCCGUGUGCCACUGACUCUACUGACAAAUGAGAAUGAUUUUGACUAUAUCAACGCCAGCUUCAUUAAGGGUGCAACAAAGACCAAAAAAUACAUAGCGACCCAAGGGCCUCUGAGACACACUUUGGUGGACUUCUGGCGAAUGAUUUGGCAGUAUGAUGUAAAGGUCAUAAUCAUGGCUUGCAGAGAAAUUGAAAUGGGAAAAAAAAAGAGUGAGUGCUACUGGACUACUUUCAAAGAAACAACCCAUUUUGGUCCCUUUAUUGUGUCAAAUGACAUUUCGGCCUCCCGGGUGGCGCAGGGGUUAAGGGCGCUGUACUGCAGCGCCAGCUGUGCCACCAGAGACUCUGGGUUCGUUUGGCCGGUGGGGAAAUCCUUGUCUCAUCGAGCACCAGCAACUCCUGUGGUUGGCCGGUUUGCAGUGCGCGCUAAACAAGGUUGCCAGGUGCACGGUGUUUCCUCUGACACAUUGGUGCGGCUGGCUUCCGGGUUGGAUGGCGCUGUGUUAAGAAGCAGUGCGGCGUGGUUGGGUUGUGUAUCGGAGGAAUCCAGCCCAAAUGAGGAAGUAGUUAUCCGUGCUCUGACAGUGAGAUAUCAUGAGGAAACACGGAAAAUCUCUCAAUUCCAAUACACAGCUUGGCCUGAUCAUGACGUUCCAUACACCGUUUAUGGUAUUUUAGGAAUGAUGGAUAUGGCUCGCAAAGACCAAGGAAACAACACUAGCCCUGUUCUCAUCCACUGCAGUGCUGGUUGUGGAAGAACAGGGGUGAUUUGUGCCUUGGAUUAUGUUCACGAUCUUCUUGUCACAAAGCAAAUUAAAGAAGAUUUCAGUAUCAUGAAGAUUGUAGUGGAACUAAGGAGUCAGAGGCCAUCAGCAGUUCAGACAAAGGAACAGUAUCGGUUUGUGUUUUCUGCCGUGGCUUACAUGUUUGAGAAGGCUUUACGGUCAGCUGAGAACAACUCCCAGAAUCUCACCAAGAGUAACCAACCUUUAUAUGAUGGUGUUGCAUCUGUGAAGACAUCUCCACCAACAACAUCAGCCAGCGCUCAGACACUUGCAGAAAGAUAUUCUAAUGUGCAGUACAGAGUGCCUCGGCCUCGUCAGCAAAAGAUGAAUGACGUAUAUGCCGCGGUCAACAAGUCCAAACAGCUCCCGCCACCAGCCCCUUCCACCGCCCCUCUGGCCGCUCUCCAUCACUAUGACAACGAAGAGCUGGGCGUUCCAAAAUGCCAUGUAGGUGCUCUUUACAGCAUGGUCAAGCCCAAGAGCAGGUCUCUUCCAGCCAAACCGCCACCAGCUGUCUCACCCAUAUAUGACACAGCCGGACUAGCCAUUCACAGGCUAGCUGAGGCCUCGGCAGGGGAGGACCAGAGUGGCUAUGAGCUGGUCGCAGCUGAUCGUUAUUCCUCGACCGAAGAUGACUAUGAAUAUGUCUCAAAUCCUAUCAAACGCAUGACCAACAGCUGCACUCCUGAUAGCAUGGAGUUCAACUGUCGCAUUAAAAAACCCAAAGGGCCUCGGGAUCCCCCGGCAGAGUGGAGUCGUGUGGAGAGAUGACAUAGCAGCCAUAUACCAGGCCUGGACACAUCUUUACUCAUUCAUGUUUGACAAGCAAUGGGAAUGGGCUUUAUUUAUUUUGACUUGCUGUGAACAUCUACUGUAUGUGAUCACAGAAUUACAUCUAUUUAUCUAUCUUUUGUAACCCAUUUGAGUCUGUAUAUUUUUCAGAUCUUGUGAUUUAUAUUACUGAUGAAAGAAAAAACAAUGUUAAACCACUUUCAAUUCUGAGACAGGUAUUGGUUUUGAAUACCAGUUACCGAUUGAAGUGCAGUGGUGCUAUAGUGUGAUUGUAGUAACCAACAGGUGGCACUAUUAGUAACAGGAGAUAAUUCGGUUUUUUUCAUUAUUGACGUUUCAGGUAUUGUAAAAUGUGUUUUCACAGGUAAACUCAUGCUUUAUUGUCUACUAAUUGCCGGUAACAAGGACUUUUUAUUUUACCUUUAUUUAACUAGGCAGGUCAGUUAAGAACAAAUUCUUAUUCGCAAUGACGGCCUAGGAACAGUGGGUUAACUGCCCUUGUCAGCUCGGGGAUUUGAACUUGCAACCUUCCGGUGACUAGUCCAACACUCUAACCACUAGGCUACCCUGCCGCCCCAAUAAAGACAGUAAAGACAAAAAUGUCUUCAAGGUUCUUUGAAACAAGUCUUUGUAUAGCCCUGUGGACCACACAAUAAUUGCAGUGUACAUGUAGAUAUAAUAAAUGUUCUUGUGAUCACAGUAACAACUGUGUACUGUACUGGAAAAGAGUUUGUUGAACAUUCUGUGCAGCUUUGAAGAUUGACCUCUUCAAAGCUAUGAUGUUUCAGUCACAGAAAUCAAUCGAAAGCCAGCUUCUUAUACUCUGAAAUGAACAUUUGUGUAUCUUCCAGAUACCAAGCUAAUACUCUGUCUGCAGGAGAAAACUGGGAGCAGUCUCUGGAGAUCAAGUCUGCAAUACACUUCAAUAUCUAACCAAUUAUAGCCACUGGUUUAAAUGUGUGGUCCUAUGUCAUGUUCCUAUAGAAACUUGCCCACAAUAACAUAUUUUUUCUGCCCCACCAUGGAGACCCAAUGCUGGGAGGAGCAUCAGAAAGAGUGAGAGUGUAUUGGAUUUAAGCAGAAAAAAAGAGACACUUGAGGGGAUGUUGCUAAUGACCACUCCAUUUUCUAGUUGGCAGAGCCUGUGGCAUGUCAGGGGUUUAAACUCGGCUGGAUGGCUAAUCCCAUUCAGCAGAUGCUAAUGUGAAAUGAGAAUCUAAUGACCUUCUGCCAUGGCUUCUCAACCCAAGCCUCCAGCUAUCUCGUAGCAACCCCUCACUCAGCUUCACACACACACACACACACACACACACACACACACACACACACACACAUUAAAAUGCACUAAAGCGGAAUACAUAUUUAGACCUAUUCUGAUGUUUAUUUGCUGGUGUGUCUGAUGUAUCGACAGCUGAUAUCAAAUCUCCCCUUAUGGGAUCAAUAGAAUCUCAUCCUAACAGAAACUCAGAAAUAAAUCAGAACAAGAUGUGCCUCUACAUCGUACAGUAACUGUCAUACUGAGUGGGACGUAUUUGCUUUGUGUGCAAAUACAUUAGAGAAAGAAAAGUAGUUAUCUGGAUGGCAUUACGUUAAAAUGCCACAAGUUUGAUUAUUUGUAUCAGUUUAUUAUUCAGUAUGGAUGUGGCAGAAGCAAUUCUAUUUCGUCUAAGUGGGUCAUUCUGUGGUUGAUCUCUUAGGAUUGUUAAUGUUUCCAGUGAGUAAAAUGCAGAUUAGGUGUAAAACUGCUCUCCUAAAACACAUUUUUCACGUUAUUACCAAGCUAAAUAUAAAUAGUCAACCAUAGCCUGUGGCCAUUGUGUAAACUACAGACACAGAGUGUGUAGAGUAGGGUCUUUUUUACGCGCGGAAAAUUAUUGAUUGGUCCAUAUCUUGCAUCUGAUCUCAUUACCCAUCUGUUUUCUUGCUUCAAUUGCUAUUCAAUACAUUCAGAGAAAUCAAUUUUACAGUAAGACCUUUUCUAUCUUUUAGGUCAAAUAUCAAUGAAAAUAAAUCCAUAUCCAUAUGAAUAAAGAAAAAUAACAUGAA